AUGAGCAUCGAUAAAGGGGGAGACACUACAGAAGAAAGCAACAAUGAAGAGGGAGUGUCUACCGACGAAUAUAUGGUAAGUCAGAUAAUCUCAGGCUGUCAGCAGAGGCUGGUUUCUGAAAAGUGCAGAGCGAAAGACCAGCGGAACAGAACUCUGGCCCGCACCAACGGCCAGGGCAACCUUCAAUUUGGAGCCUCCCCUCCGCCCUUUUCUCACCAUUUCCUCUUCUUCUUCUUCUUCGCCUCGCCAGUCACCAUGAGGCCAUCGUCCAUGGCGGCGGCCAUGGAAUCAAGGUCACUAACCCUCCGGCGCCACCGCCACGGCCGAUCGAUUUCCACCUGCUGCUGUCGCCGCGUCGCCACCGUCGCCCUCCUCACUGCCUCCGCCACCGUCUUCCUUGCCUUCCCCAUCUCUUGCCCCCUCUUCGGCCUCUUCUCAUCGGACCCAUCUCUCCCUCAUCCUUCCUCCUUCCUCCUCCGCCUCGAACAAAUCCGACCUACCAAUGCUUCAUUCCCUCCUCCUCGUGCUCCAUCAUCAACAACGACUCAGAGCCCUACGAAUUCGGCUUCGGCGGGGUUGAACCCUAACCAAGCCGAUACAAAGCCCCGACCUUUGCGCCAUGAGGUGGCUUAUUGGAGGAUGACGCCGGAGGAGGCACUCCGGCGUGUCAAGAAGGAAAUUAACGAAGCCCCAGCAGUUUCAGAUGAUCCAGAAUUGUACACACUGCUAUUCCGCAAUGUGUCGGUUUUCAAGAGGAGCUAUGAACUAAUGGAGAAAAUACUUAAAGUUUAUAUCUAUGAAGAUGGUCCGAGACCCAUUUUCCACACACCAGAGCUCCAAGGUAUUUAUGCUUCUGAAGGAUGGUUUAUGAAAUUAUUGGAGGAGAACAAGGGAUUUGUUACCAAGGAUCCAAGCAAAGCUCACUUGUUCUAUCUACCAUACAGCAUCCGCCAGUUGAAGCUUGCCCUUUAUGUCCCUAACUCGCAUAACAUGAGGUCCUUAUCAUUGUUUCUGAGGGACUAUGUGAAUACCAUUGCCGCGAAGUAUCCAUUUUGGAAUAGGACUCGAGGGAGGGAUCAUUUUUUGGUGGCUUGUCAUGACUGGGGACCUUACACAACGACCCUACAUGAAGAACUUUGUAAAAACACCAUCAAAGCUAUGUGCAAUGCUGAUGCCUCAGAAGGCAUAUUUGUUCGUGGCAAAGACAUAUCUCUCCCCGAAACCACUAUCAAAGUGCCAAAGAUGCCUCGUAAGUAUGUUGGCGGGGGGCACGUUUCUGGGCGUUCGAUUCUUGCCUUCUAUGCUGGAAAUAUGCAUGGAAGGGUUAGACCACUCCUCAACAAGUACUGGGGUGAUGAUAAAGAUGAAGACAUGAGAAUCUAUAGACGCCUUCCAAAUAGGGUCUCAAGGACAAUGUCCUACGUCGAGCAUAUGAGAGCUAGCAAGUUCUGCAUCUGUCCCAUGGGUUAUGAAGUUAACAGUCCAAGGAUAGUGGAGGCCAUAUAUGCCGAGUGUAUUCCAGUGAUAAUAGCAGACAAUUUUGUUCUCCCUUUCGAGGAACUGUUGGAUUGGUCUGCGUUUUCCGUAGUUGUUGCUGAGAAAGAUAUACUGAAUCUGAAGAAUAUAUUGUUAGGGAUUUCUCAUAGAAGAUACAUUAGAAUGUACAAUUGUGUGAGGAGGUUGCAGAAGCACUUUCUGUGGCAUGCCAAGCCACUCAAGUAUGACAUCUUUCACAUGAUUCUUCAUUCGAUAUGGUUCAACAGGUUAAAUCAGAUACAACAAUAUCAGGAAUAGCUCUUGGAACAAUGGAUAGGGGUCUUUGCCACUGGUUGAACUGUUUGUAGUUCGGGAUUCAGAAGAGUAGCUUGCAAAUCUGAUGGAAAAAUAUAUAACAUUUCUUGUUGCUAAUGUACAGUGAAGCAAGAAUCGUCAGUAAAUUCUCGUAUACUUACAUAUUGACUAUGCACAUUCUGGAUACGUGCAAUGAUCAUAAAUCGUGGAAUAGCACAAAUUUGGCCUAGUUGGAAAACACCUUGAGAAAUUUGCAAAACUGUGGCCAAUGCAAGGCUCCACCAAAAUAGUUUUAUAUCUGCUGGUUGAUUCCAUGUUAUAGCAACAAAAAAGUUCUGUUGACCUUUUCUCAGCUUUUGUUCCUUAUGAGAUUUUACUCAACU